CCACAGGGAUGGGCUUCGUACUAGUUCGGCUAACUUCGGAGCGCUCUCGCUCUGCCGCAUGCGUCCGCAAGGUGAGCUGAGUCACAUACGUGUUUUGGUGCUAUUUUUAUUCAAUUCGUCAUUACAUCUGUACGUACUGAUGCUUUCACCUCGAGAGGAUGAUGACGAUGAUACUCAUCUCUGCAUCAAAUGCAAUGCCACCAUCGUCGGUCUCGACGAAUACGUUAAGCACCGAAAGCAGCGAUGUGGCAAUAUUACCAAAAACGAAGCAUCCAAAACUGAAAUUCCAAUCGAUACUUUGGAACCAAGCAGCGAUGUUUUCUUUCAAUCACUCGAAUUACAGAGCAGUGUCAAAAAGACCGCAUUAUCAAGACUCACUCCACCUAUACCUAUUUCUAAAGCUAUUGAUUCAAAAACAACUUUAGCCGAAGCGUCAACUUCCAGAGGAUUGCCAAGAGUGAGCCCUUUGGAGAGCAAUUUACGAGGUGAAGAUUGGAUUGGUGGUCAUAGUCUAAGGAUUGGUAUCAAUGAAGAUAAUCAGACGAAAUUGAUUAACGCUGUAGCAAGUAUCAGUGGUACAGCAAAAAAAGAUAUUCCGACGUCUUCUUACAAUAUUGGGGGCUAUAAUGACUAUAAAGGUGACGAUGAUUUCGACGAUUCUGAAGACUCAGAAGACGAUGAAGAAGAAGAAGCUCACACGAGUGGAGGGAAAUGGAAACCACCUAUAAAUUAUACCGGAGGGAAAUGGCGUCCAGCAUCCCCUGAACAUGAAGACUGGGAUUUACGUGAUGAUCAAGACAUGUCUGGUGGAAAAUGGAAAUCUUUCAUGGCGGUAGCUAAUGAACGAGAUGAAGAUUAUGACGCUCCACCACCAGGACAUACGAAAGGCAAAUGGGUGCCAGGGCACGAUAAAACGCAAAUCAUGCAAACGACGAUACAAACAAAAGGGUCAGUUCAAUAUUGGUGUGGACCUUGCAACAGGAGGUUAGGCUCUAGAGCUAUAUAUGAAAAGCAUUUGAUGUCCAGCCUUCACAUGAGAAAAGUUCUUCCCGAACAUGAGUUGGAAUUUUCUGGACAUUUACAGCCAAUGAGAAAUAUUAUAGAGAAAAGGGCUACCCGACCUUCAAGGUUUUUGAACAACAGCAUUUAUUCGCAGUUGCAGAAAAAACAAAAACGUCAGUCAAAGACUAAGUUAACAGUUAAGAUUGAGAAGAAAAAGCGUAAAAGGAAACCUUUUUUCGUGCAGUGCUAUGGAUGUAAAACGCGCGUAAGACAACAUUUGAUGGGAAAACAUUUGAUCUCACAUUACCAUUUCAGAAAAGCCAUCGAUACGAAAAGCAUUGAAUACCAACAAUUAAUUCUAGAUAAUAUGGAUGCUAUCGUUCACCAAUCUCCAUUUCAGUGCAGCCCGUGCAAGUUUUAUACCAACUGGUUGUCAAAUUUUAUGCAGCACUGGUUUUCUAAAGAACACGAAGAGAAAAUGGCCAAUAUUGAUGGUAGAAUUUGGUGUUCUUUCUGUAAAUUUGAGAGUGAAUCUUCUGAGGAGAUGCUAAAACAUAUGUCGGGACCUGAGCAUAGUGAGGUGGUGGCUGUAAUUAACAGAUCCAUGCCCAUAAUUAUAAGAAAGAAAACCAUCUUCAAAUGUGACACUUGUUUUCUAGAAUUCCGUUACAAUAUAGAAUUGAAGCAGCAUUGUCAGAAAUCUGGCCAUACACUGGCUCAUACAGCAACAGAUGAUUAUCAGGAACUUCACAAAUGUCGAUUUUGUAAAGUCAAAUUCAAAACUUCCUUGACUUUAGCAGCUCACUUGAAAUCGAAACAUAACCAAAAGACGUUAUUUUGCUUGGUGUGUGAGAAAACGUUCAGCUGCUCGGAAGAAUCUAAGUUCCACCGACAAACUUCAGAGCACAGGAUUAGAAGUAAGGAGAAGUUGAUAGCGAAAGGUGUUGCUGUAGAUUUAAGCAAGAAAUGCCCUUACUGUCCAGAAACAUUGAUGUUAAAGAAUGUCAUUGAGCUAAAAGAUCAUAUUCGAAAAGUACAUCCUAAUAUUAAAAAGAAGUGUCCUAAAUGCGGAAUGUCAUUCAUUCUAUCCCAAGAAGUGACGCGUCACGUUCGAAGCAAGGCAUGUCAGUUUGAACAAGAGAUCCCGACCACCUCUGCACAGUUAUGGAGCUGCAGCCAAUGUCUCUUCACUACAGACUCAAAAGCAGAGUGCUGCUUCCAUGAAGUCCUUCACUCUAAACCGAUUACAGAAAUCCGUAAAAUUGCAGACAAAGAAAAAGUCAUCUAUAAAUACAAAUGUCCUAGCUGCCCCAAAAUAUUUAGAAAGGCGUCAUUAAGACACCAUUUGAGACAACAUACUUCUGAAAGGCCUUACGCAUGUACAACAUGCAAUGCUAAUUUCACAAGGCAGUCCAGCUUGGCAAACCAUUGUAAAAUUGAGCACGGGCCGAAAUCAAAAGAUAAAAUCAAGGAAUCAGUAAAGACAAGUGACGAUUAUAAUUGCGAGAAAUGUUCAGAAAGAUUCUCUAACAGGACUGCAUUGGCACGGCACUCGUGCGCAGACGUCGGCAGCCGACGCUGUCCUCACGAUCAGUGCGAGUACGUGGCAGCUACUCCAGCACAACUUACCAGGCACAGGCAAGUUCAUGGAGACUUUAGUAAACGACAUGAGUGCCCAUAUUGCGAUUUCAAGUCAAACCAGUCAAGUCAUCUCAAGCGCCAUCUGGUAUACCAUGACGGAGUCAAGCCUUAUGCAUGUCCUCAUUGCGAAUUUACUUGCAGAUGCCAGGAAAACCUCAAAAAACACUGUCGUCGUCGACACCCAAGUCUGUAUCUCUACAAAUGUGACUCUUGUACCUUCGGCACCAACUUAGCCAAGGAACUGCGCUCACAUUUGACGGAAACACAUCCAGAUACGUAUUCAGACAAUCGGACAGCCAUUCAAGCUGUGAAAAUGCAAUUGUUAUCAAAUGAAGGCAAACGACUGGAGAUUGUAACAGAAGAUGAUCAAAAUGUUGUUCUUGAAAGUUGAUGAAACGAUUUUCACCAGGGUAGGGUAGGGUGGAAAAUAAUUUCACUGAACUAUUUUAGUGAUUUUUUUCAUGUUUUAUAAACGCGUAUAUGCAAUAGCUAACUAAAAGAUGGCGUCACCUACGCUGCUAUAGUAAGAUUUAUGUUUCAUUAAAGAACAAGUGAAAACUAAUUUAUUGUAAUAUUGUGCGUAGUUAUUAUAAAUAAACAAAAA